AUGCUCCAAGGCAGCAGCCGUAGUAACUCGCCUUCCCGUCGUCCCCACUGCCAGCGCAGUCGCUCACCAUCUCGUGACGAUUCUUUGCAUCGCUCUGAAUCGAAAAAAUCGCAUCAAAACCGUCGUCGACGCCGCGGUAAACGUCGUGAAAUGGGUAAAAAGAAGGACCGGAUUCCCGAUAAUUGGGUCGAUGUGGCCAAAAUGGGUACAUUUAUAGGCACGUCACGAUUUGUGCCUCUUCGUGUCCCUCUGGAUGCCAAAUAUUUGCCCCAAUUUGAGACAAAAAAGGACGAAAUUUGGACCCCAACGGACUUUUUAGCCACUCAACAAGACCAAAAUCUUAAUAUUAAGAUGAUUAUUGACCUCACAAACACUUUCAAAUAUUACAAUGGAAAGAAUGAAUUUCAGGAUUCUGGAGUAAAAUAUGUCAAGAUUGAGAUUGAAGGGUUCAGGGGUCCCCCCCAAGCUCGAGAUGUGGCCAAAUUUAUGAAAAUUGUCGAUGAAUUUAUUGCCAACGAGCCUGAAGGAGCUAUUGCAGUGCAUUGCACUCAUGGACUCAAUAGAACGGGAUAUCUCGUUGUCACGUACAUGGUGAAGAGGCUCAAUUGCUCGGUGACAGAAGCUCUGGAAGCUUUCAAGGUGGCUCGACCACCGGGACUGAUUAAGCACAUGUACAUUGAAGAUUUGUACAAACAAUUAGGAAAAGAUGAAGAGGUACAACUACCAGAACUUCCGGAAUGGGCUAGUGCGAAGUACAGUAGAAAAGCAGGGGAGGGAAAAAGGCGGGCGUAG